AUGUUGAAAACUCGUUCCUCCGCUAGUUAUGAGGAGCAAGGAGAGGCAGCCCAGCAUGUACAAGAGCAGCAGACUGAUGACGACAAGCUUCGCCCUUCACGCAACAUCGCUAAAUUCAGAUCUCCAGUUGCUGUGUAUUGUGGAAGCAUCAACAAAAUGAAACCAGGGUUCAGGUCUCAAUCUAUACGGAAUGGUAGUGUUGACUCAAAUCUGCAGCUGUGCGGGAACAGAUGGGGACCUGACACAGGUAUGUCAUCAUCCUCACUAAACAUUCAGAUGAAGAGGUCGUAUAUGUGGUCUGGAGAUGGGGAUGAAAUUUCAGCUGAAAUUUUCCCACCAAGACUGAAUUUAGAGGGAAAGAAUGAAACCCAGUCAGAAAACAAGAGCGGACACUUGUCUCAAAUGACCAAUAUGACGUCAAAAACAAACCAUAGGGAGCAGGAGGUAGAUAGUGCAGCUCUGGAAACAUCUCGUCUUAAGGAUAAAGUAAAAAGAAAGGUGUCUGAAGGUCUUGGAAUUAGAGGGGCGCCUGCAGAGUUAAUUAGCACAGUAAGUGCUCCACUGAAACCUGCAUUUCCCCGGAGUGCAUCACAAAGGCUACUUAAUGCUACAAAGCCUGUUCCACCAAUACAGAGAAGUCCAACGCCCCAGACCAAUGGAUCUCUGGAGAAUGGCGGAAUGAAGAAUGGAUUGGAGACUAAACUCAAUAAUGAUGGACAGAUAGAACAAUCUGAUGAGAUUGCAGAGUAUCGUCAGGACCCCCUGAAUCAUGCGUGUUCCAGUGCAGAGAAGGUGAGAAAGCCCCUCAGUGGGGUGCUUAUUCCGCCCAUCCACAAAUCAUCUGCUUCAGAAACAAGCGAGAGUGACCCUAUAUUGAGUAUUACUGCCAGAAGGUCUCCUGUGCUGAAACAGAGCACCUCCAGCAAAAGCACUAUAUCAGAGAAUGACUUUGAUGAGAAAUCGCAGAAGAGCUUAGAGAGACAGAGCUUAGAGAAAGUCCCCUAUGGAGAUCAGAUAGAGGAUAAUGGCUUGAGGAAUACAGAACAUACUUCGGAAUCUGCACCACUAAAAACAAUUUUUAUGAAUUCAGCAAAAGAGGCAGAUGACAAGAAACUCCCAGAACUCAGCAAGGAAGAAGAAGGCAAAGAAAACACUGAGCGGAUUAACUUCACUAUAUCAAAGUCAGCCCAGGACAAGAUGAGGCAGAAACAGAUGGAAAUUGAAACUCUUCGCCAACAGAAAAUGAGGAGCCAACAGAUGCUGUGGGAUCAGCCAGAGCGAGUGGACACUGGAGGGCAUCCUGCGCACAUCGCCUCCUUCACUCUCAGUGGCGCACAUACAAUACCGGCAAGCACUAAUAAACUUACAGGGGGCCCCAAUGUGGCCCUUAACAAGUGGACAAGUCGUCCUUCCCUUCCCAGCAUCCCUACUGUAAACCCAGACUGUUUUAGCAGUGACCUGCGCCAUUCUUCUGCUUACUCACUGCCUGCCUACUUUCAUGAUGCUGUAGAGUGGGACUCAGAUUCAGAGAAUGGGGGUUCAGGGAUUGUCCCCCUGUCACAUCCUGAGCAAGGCUUGAUUGAAGCACUGAAGUGGCUGAAUCACAAGGAAUGGGAACAAAAAGAAAAGGGUCUGCUUAGCGUAAGAGCUCUGGCGUCCUAUCACCCUGAAGUUCUCUUCUUCAGGCUCCAUGAAGUUUGUGUAGCGGUUACCAGAGAGGUCAGCAAUCUGCGAUCCAAGGUGUCUCGGCACGCCAUCAAGACUCUUGGUCACCUCUUUAAAACCCUAAAAAGAAGCAUGGACCAGGAGGUUGAAGAAAUCGCUCGAGUUCUGCUUCAAAAGAUUGGCGAUUCAAAUGAUUUUAUUCGCGAGGAGUCAGAUAAAUCUCUGGGCAUCAUGCUGGAUAAUAUCAGCCCUUCCAAAGUCCUCUCAGCAAUGAUUGCUUCAGGUGUCAACCAUCGUAACUGCUCAGUACGAAAAUAUUCAGCAAAACACCUUCUGGGUGCAGUGGAGCAGCUGGGAGCCGAUAAACUUCUUUCCGGAAGCAGAGACAACACAGACAUUUUACUGAGAACACUCGUGAAGCUGUCCCGAGACAAACAGCAAGAUACCAGGUUUUAUGGCCGCAGGAUGUUGAGCGCGUUAAUGCGCCACCCUAAAUUUGAAGGGCACAUGGAGCGGUUAAUCCCAACACAUGACCUACGUGACCUCAUAGCCACUAUUAAACAGAAAGAAAUCAGUGACAGCGUGUCAGAAGCACCUUCUGCAAGGAGUCAGAGACCUCUACAGAAAAGCAGCGCAGCACCUUCCCAGGAGAGCCUGACUUCAGACAAAGGAAUUAGCAAAGCGGCAGAGCAGGAGCUGGAAGCUCAAGAAUCGCCAGUGGCGAAGCGCCAGCCUGUACGGGCAGCAGAGGUGACAGAGCAGCUGAAGGAACUAAGCAAACUGCUAACAGCCAAAGAGUUUCAGAACAAGAUGGAUGGAGUCACACUUCUGCUUGACCAUUGCAAGAACAACAUAAAGUUUGUCUCCACAAACAUUGUUCAGAUAUUUGACUCCUUUAACCCAAGACUGCAGGAUGCCAACAAGAAGGUGAACCAAUAUGCGCUGGAGUCUGCAACGAUCAUGAUACCAAUGCUUAAGGACAGUCUGCAUCAUGUGCUACAGCCUAUGGUGAUCAUUGUCACCGACAACCUGAACUCCAAGAAUUCUGGCAUCUACACCGCAGCAGUGACCGUCUUAGACACGCUCAUAUCUAACAUAGAUCACUUGUGGCUGUUACAACCAUUUGCCAGCAGAAUCCGUUUCAUCAGCGGCCGCGCCAUGAGCGAUAUUACUGAACGAUUAUCAGUUCUUGUAUCUUCAGUCUAUCCUAGGAAGCCUCAGGCUGUGGAACGUCAUGCUCUUCCUGUACUGUGGUAUUUCUUGACUAAUAUUACAGGGAAUGGAGUUUUACCUGGGCGCAAUGGGAAUUUCAAAGAUGUGGUUAUUAAACUGACUAAAAGUCUUCAUAAAGAGAUGGGUCCCAGUCUUGUGGAAUAUGCAUCCAGCCAACCUCAACAUGCCAUAAAAAUGCUUGACAACCUUCUGGGCUUGAGAUCUUGAGUCACUUUAGGACUGUUGGACAGAUCAUGGCUUAAAAGCAUUCACAUAGCAAGAAAUAUGCUUUUAUGGUAUGCUGAAAGAACAUAUGGUCAUGGAAUCUGUGAUACCUUUAUCAUGAACCUAGAAGAGACUAAACAAUUUAUUAAAGGACAUUUUAGAUAAUGAAUGAGGUUAUUCAGAGGUUAUGCCAGAGCUUCUCACUCAACAUGAA